CUGGAUGGGCUGUAAGGAGAAACUUUUGUGGGAAAAAGAGCACCCCGAAUUCUUCUUCGGUGUUGAGCUGGAGGCCUGUGGGUAACCUGAGGUUGGGCUCGGGGUUCGAGACCAACCCUCAUCAACGAGUUCUGUGGCUCAGGCGGGUCCCCACCCUCCAGGGCCUCAGUUUCCCUCCAGUAUGCGAGCCGAGGCGACUUUGCGGAUCCGGAGGCCUGGUUCUUUUUUUUUUGGUGACCCUUAUAUGACUUUUGCGAUGAAAGGCAAGGAAGACUGGUCCUUCAGCUGAGGUCUGAUUGCUGCAGGAACACAGUCCGUAGGAGCCACUACACUGUGCUGCAGGUCUUCUGAGCUGGGUCCUACCAUCUCUCUACCUCUCCAUUCCUGUGGGAGGAGCCAUGAAACUGAACAAGAGGAGUGUGGCCCACUAUGCGCUCAGUGAUUCUCCAGCGGACCACACUGGCUUCCUGCGUUGUUGGGGGGGACCGGGUUCCCCACCCACUCCCAGUGGCACUGGCAGAAGAUACUGGUUUGUUCUCAAGGGCAAUCUGCUAUUCUCUUUCGAGAGUAGGGAAAGCCGAGUCCCACUGAGUCUUGUGGUACUGGAGGGCUGCACGGUGGAGCUGGCCGAGGCUCCUGUACCUGAGGAGUUUGCCUUCGCCAUUCGCUUUGAUGCCCCUGGAGUGCGCCCACACCUGCUGGCAGCAGAUGGGCAGGUUGCCCAAGAGGCAUGGGUGAAGGCAUUGUCCCGAGCCAGCUUUGGCUACAUGCGACUUGUGGUACGAGAAUUGGAGAACCAGUUGCAGGAUGCUCGUCAGAGCCUGGCCUUGCAUCGCUGUUCAUCCCAGAGGGCUGUUGCCAGCUGCAGUAAAUCUCAGGCUCCGGAUCACCGGGCUCCAGGCUCUGAGAAUGGCCACUUUCUCCCCAGGGACCGCAAUUCCACUGGUACUGUGGAAGAAAGGGGAAUCCGGCCAAUAGGUCGGGAUUUGACCGAGUGGGAGUUACAGGGCCCUGCUAGCCUCCUUCUAAGCAUGGGACAGAGCCCCGUGUCCCCUGAGACCUCCUGUUUCUCUACCCUGCAUGACUGGUAUGGGAAGGAGAUCAUGGAGCUGAGGCGAGGGUGGCAGCAAAGGGCCAAGGGGAGCCAACCAGAGAGCAAGCCACUGAAUCGGCCCUGAGCCUGGGCCCUUUGGGCUUUGGCCCUGUCCUGCUGGUCAGGACGCCAGGGCCAGAACUUCAGGGGUUAAAUAUUUACUCAUUUACCAGGUUGCUCUGUGUGUGUGUGUGUGUGUGUGUGUGUAUGUGGUGUGUCCCUCCUGCUCUGUAGAGUUUCUCCAGCUUCCAGGUCCUCCCCUCUCACUGGAGUGAACUGAAGAAUCUUGACUUCCUAUUUUCUGAGGCCUAGAAAGGCCAGGUGGCUGAUGGGAAGAUAAUGUAAUACAGGAAGGGGACUGUGCUCUCCUGCCCCUAUAGGAUACACUAGCCGUAAUGUCCAAUAGUCUUGGGCAUCUCAAUGCCAGAAGUGACAGGAAGUGGCUUGAAGACCUAUAUUGAUGUGUCCUGGGCAGGACUUUCUAUAGGAGAAGGUCUUCAGGUGCUAAAGAGGGAUUUCGUCUCUCCCCUGUUCCCUUGUCAAUGUACAGUGCUGGACGUUGCCCGCAGAGAGGCAGGUGGCCUUUUAUACAGGAGAAGCUCUCUUGACUUGUUGUCAUGGCCACUUGUAGGGACUCUUGUCACCUAUCCCGCUUGGUCCUAAGGCUUGUCUGCUGAGGGCCCUCAUAGCUACUCUGUUCUGUAUCAUUCCAAGUAUCUUUUUCUUUUGUUCUAAGGCCAAAUGGCUGGGGCUACAGAGCCAGAAUCCAGACCCGACUGUCCCCUUUAUAUAGAUGAAGUGACAGUGGCUGCGGCUCAAUAGAGAUAUACCCCGUUUCCAAGCAAAAUCUGCCUCUUCCUGACCUCCCUCCUUUCCCUAUCUGGGGCCUUGGGGCAGCCUGACCAAAACUCAUUGAAGCCUAAAAGGUGAACUUUGCCUCCAAGAGACUGAGCUUCAUGGAGUCCGUGGCCAGGGCCAAUUUCUGUGAUGCUAGCUGUGUUUCUCAAGCCUGCUCCUGACAUUAUAGCCAGCUGCCCUCUGCUGUACACGCAGGUACCACAGGCCUUUUCUAAUUUUCUUGUCACAGUGGUUAUUGUUUGCUUUUUAAAUAGUUUUGUCUUUUGGAGACCAGGUCUUACUCUGUAGCCCAUGCAGGUCUGGAACUCCUCCUUAGCUUUGUAAGUGCUGGGAUUAUAGAUAGGAACACCAUGUCACCAUGGGUUUGUUUGUUUGGCAGCAGGACCUGGUGGGAAGGCCUGCUAGCCUCCCAGUUCCCUUCUCCCUUCUAACUAGAACUGUAAAGCUUGCAGGGUUGGCAGCAAAGAGGUAGAGGAGGGUCAGGAGUUCAAGUGCAUCCUUGACUACACCGUGAGUUUUUGGUUAGACUAGGCUACAUGUGAGACCCUUUGAGAAAACUAUUCAUUUUGGUUAUUACAAUCAGCGUGUUUACAAAUGAAGAAUCAGGAGUCAGAGCUGUAAAGCCAUUGUCUGAGGCUAGCAACUGAGUCCGAGAACCUGACUUGGUGGUACAACCUCCAUCAAGCCAGUCCUUCUAUUUGCUUGUUCCCUAGACCUGUAUGGGACCUGCUGUCCACUGCACCCGUUGUACUAGUGUUCACAGACACUAUGAGCUACUCUUGUUUUUUUUGCCACACUAUGUAGUUCUGGCUGACCUGGAACUCACUAUUGUAGAUCAGACUGAACUUGAACUCAGAG